GCGUGCUGUUCGAAAGACAAAAAGGGGAGCAGUACGUUAACGCUGGACUAUUUCUGUAAAUGCACAGGAAAGACAAGACAAGGUGCGUGUGUGACGAUGUUUUAUAGAAGAAAUGGGAAUUGGCAGUGUCGAAACCGCAAUGCCAGCCGCAGAGCCUCUGGAGUCUGACUCCGCCAAAGAGGCAGGCAACUCUGACUUGCAGCGCAAAGAGCCUCAGCUGAGGCUGGGCGGAAACCCGGUAUCUUGGCAACUUCACCGCAGCCAUCGUUUGACCUAUCCAGGAUCCCCCUGAAAAUUCCUGAAACCUGCCUUAGGUGAGGGAGUUGUCCCAGGUACUAAUGCUCCUGAGCUCUGUCCUUGGUUCUGAAAAAACGCCUCACCAGCCUCUGGUCUCGCCGCCUGCUCAGCACUGCGUAGCUACUGCUUUCCCUCCGGAGAUACCUCUAUUGCUGAAACCGGAUGCAGACUGCUUCUGAGCACUGUGACCUGGAGCCCUUAGGACCACGACUAGGGACUUAACCCCGAGUCUUUAUCUCUGCGGUGUAAUACAGAAAGGGAGCUGACGCAGAGCAAUUGAGAAAACAGCUAGCCUAGCAUUGGAAGGGAUCAAGGAGGAGAAACUCCGAGCCUGGGCAUGGACCUGCCCAGAGCGGAACCCUACAAGGGAGGAGCAGGGUACCCCGGUUACAACGAGGAGCUGCUGCAUAAGACCAUCCUGGUGGGAGAUAGCGGUGUGGGGAAGACAUCUCUACUGGUUCAGUUUGACCAGGGCAAGUUUAUCCCAGGCUCCUUCUCUGCCACCGUGGGCAUCGGAUUCACAGUAAUGCUGUUGGGAGACUCAGGCGUUGGGAAAACCUGUUUCCUGAUCCAUUUCAAAGAUGGGGCUUUCCUAUCCAGGACCUUCAUAGCCACUGUCGGCAUAGACUUCCGGAAUAAGGUGGUGACUGUGGAUGGCACAAAAGUGAAACUACAGAUUUGGGACACAGCAGGGCAAGAACGCUUCCGAAGUGUCACCCAUGCCUAUUACCGGGACGCCCAAGCCCUGCUCCUUCUCUAUGAUAUCACCAACAGAUCUUCCUUUGAAAAUAUCCGGGCCUGGCUAACUGAGAUACAUGAGUAUGCCCAGAGGGAUGUGGUGAUUAUGUUGCUGGGCAAUAAGGCAGAUGUGAGCAGAGAAAGGGUAGUCCGGUCAGAAGAUGGAGAGACAUUGGCCAGAGAAUAUGGUGUGCCUUUCAUGGAAACCAGUGCUAAGACGGGAAUGAAUGUGGAGUUAGCCUUUUUGGCUAUUGCCAGGGAACUGAAACACCGAGCGGGACAACAACCGGGAAAUGAGCCCAGCUUCCAGAUUCAUGACUAUGUGGAAUCCCAGAAGAAACAGCCUAGUUGCUGCCCAUUUGUGUGAGAAAAAAGGGGCAGAGGAAGUGUGGGGAAAGCCAGUGGGCUGAGCAUAUUCCCCAUCUCUAAAAUGAACUUUUAAACAUCUCAAUUACUCCAAUAGGGACAUGAGUCCCCCAGUUGAAAACAAGAGGCAGAAGCAUAAGGAAUGCCAAAGAAAUAUGUUGCACAAAAACACCAUCCCAUCACUGCUUUCUGCCAGAAGGGACUUAUAUUCUUGCAUCAGACUUUUCCUUGCCGCUCAUUUCCCAGUGGUUAUAGUUUCUGGGUCUCUGGACAUUUGAGGACCAAAGAUAGCUUUAAGUUAAAUUUUGUUCUAGUUCCAUAAUAAUGAAAACUUUGGAAAAUGAAAAACCUGAUUCCUUCAGAGAAACAGACAGAGGCCAGAAGCUAAUAACCUCCCUAUUACUUUUAAUUCAGGGCCCUUCCAUCCAAACUUCUCUGGUAAAGCCCCUCAAUCAACCUGUGACUAGAGGGACUCUGACUUUGUUCCAAUUCAUCAACAGAUCCCAGAAAAGGGCAAUUAGUGGCCACUAUGUCUCUCAUUAGUUUUUAGCCCACGAGAGACAGACAUCCUUUGUAUUUUCGCAUUCUUUGACUUUCCAGAGGCUUAUGGACUACAAGAAUCACUAAAUCACUGUGGUCUGACCUGAAGUAUAAUUCCCAAGUCAAAUGAGUGAAAAUUUCAAGAGAGUAUAGAUGUAAAGGUAUGAAUUGAGUUUCAGAGCGAGAGAGAGAGAGAGAGAGAGAGAGAGAGAGAGAGAGAGAGUGAGUGAGUGUUUAGGAAAAGAAAGAAGUCACACAAAUUCAGCUGGCUUUGUCUACCUUCUUUCCUUAGAUCAAAGCUUCUUAAACUAUAGUUUUGACUCCAUAUGGGAUAACAUAACUGAAUGUUGGGGUUGCAAAACUAUUCUUUAUUAUCAGUAAAUGUUUGAUUUCUAUA